CUUCGGUAAUUCUAGUUAUUCUCUGAGAAGUGAGAACUAAACCUCGUUGAGAUCGAACCAACAACACAAUGGCCACCAUUAAGGUUGUCAAAGCUCGCCAGAUCUUCGAUAGUCGUGGAAAUCCCACCGUUGAAGUUGAUGUGAUUCUCUCCGAUGGAAGUUUUGCUAGGGCUGCUGUGCCAAGUGGUGCUUCAACUGGUGUCUACGAAGCACUGGAGUUGAGAGAUGGAGGAUCUGACUACCUUGGGAAAGGUGUUCUCAAGGCUGUGCAGAAUGUGAACUCAGUCAUCGGUCCUGCCUUGGUUGGCAAGGACCCAACAGAGCAGACUCAAAUUGACAAUUUUAUGGUGCAACAACUUGAUGGUACAACUAAUGAAUGGGGCUGGUGCAAACAAAAACUCGGAGCUAAUGCUAUAUUGGCAGUAUCUCUUGCUGUUUGUAAAGCAGGUGCUAUGGUGAAGAAGAUCCCUCUUUACAAGCACAUUGCGAAUCUUUCUGGGAACAAGACAUUAGUCUUGCCUGUGCCUGCAUUCAAUGUCAUCAACGGGGGUUCCCAUGCGGGCAAUAAGCUGGCGAUGCAGGAGUUUAUGAUUCUCCCUGUUGGAGCGUCUUCUUUCAAGGAGGCAAUGAAAAUGGGUGUUGAAGUAUAUCAUCACCUAAAGGCUGUAAUCAAGAAGAAGUACGGACAAGAUGCUACAAAUGUUGGUGAUGAAGGUGGCUUUGCUCCAAAUAUUCAGGAAAACAAAGAGGGCCUUGAAUUGCUGAAGACUGCCAUAGCAAAAGCUGGAUAUACUGGAAAGGUUGUUAUUGGAAUGGAUGUUGCCGCUUCAGAAUUUUAUGAUAGCAAGAAUAGGACUUAUGAUUUGAACUUCAAGGAAGAGAACAAUGAUGGAUCACAAAAAAUAUCGGGGGACAGUUUGAAGAAUGUAUACAAGUCAUUCGUAUCAGACUAUCCAAUUGUGUCCAUUGAGGACCCAUUUGAUCAGGAUGAUUGGGAGAACUAUGCAAAGUUGACUGGUGAAAUUGGACGGCAAGUGCAGAUUGUCGGUGACGAUCUCCUUGUCACAAACCCAAAGCGUGUGGAGAAAGCUAUUAGCAGUAAGGCAUGCAAUGCUCUUUUGUUGAAGGUGAAUCAAAUUGGUUCCGUUACUGAAAGUAUCGAGGCUGUGAAAAUGUCCAAACACGCUGGCUGGGGUGUUAUGGCAAGCCACAGAAGUGGUGAAACAGAGGAUACAUUUAUAGCAGACCUUUCGGUUGGAUUGGCAACUGGUCAGAUCAAGACUGGAGCUCCUUGCAGAUCAGAACGCCUUGCCAAGUACAAUCAGCUUCUUAGGAUAGAAGAGGAGCUUGGAUCUGCAGCAGUUUAUGCUGGUGCGAAAUUCAGAGCUCCAGUUGAACCAUACUAAGGCCAUCAAUAGUCUCUCUAUGCAUUAGGUCUAUAUAAUAUCGUGGAAAUAAUAUCAUCCGCGGGAUCUUGAUGGUUAUGGUUUGUUUAACUACUCUAGAUCACUUUUCAUCAAAGUCAAUGACAUUUAGCAGACGAUUUUAUUUUA